UUGAAGAACCCUGGCCUACUGUGCAAGACCUUUUCCAGUGAAGAUUUCUGGAUGUAAUCUUUGGUUAGUGGCACAAAUUCGCAUUGCGACUAGCACAAAGACAAAUUGAUGAGGAAAUUACUCAAACUAGAGGCACCUAAGAGGACAAGGAUCCCAAACGCAAAAGACAAACGCAGACCAAGCGCCCAUACACUCCCCCCAGCACUGAAACCAAUCCAGCAAAGAAGACGAGAAAGGUUGCUGACUGGACAAAGGAGCUUCUCCUUAUGGAGAAGAUCACAGAAGGGGGAAAUAAGGCUAAGGAAGAGGAGGAAGAGGAGAUUAAGGCUCUUAAAAAAGAGGUGAAACAGUUGAAGGUCCAAAACCAGGAACUGACAACCCUGCACGUCUCUGCAGAGAGCCUUGCUUCUAAAACUAGAAGCUGUGCCCCAGCUUCCAGCCUCUCGGGUCACUGCCCAAAGCCAGGACCAUCGGCAGAGGGGAUUACCCCUUUGGGCAUAAGUAAUGCCACGCUGCAAGCCUGCGGUAGAGUUGGCACCUCCAGCACAGCCAUGGUUAAAGACCUGGCUGUGGCUGUGUUUGGGAGGGAGGUGAUUGCUACGCAUGGAUUAUCUGGAAAAACUGGAAAUGCCAAUAAAGGGACUUCAGCAAAGCCGGCCCUUGAUGAGGGAAAGGACAAACUAAUAAUUGAAACUGUGCAAGACAAGUUUCCAGAUAUACCCCCCAAAUUCAUCCGAGCAGCACUGAGGGAGAAGAUGAACGAUGAGCAUACAUUUCACAUCAGUUAAGACAGGGCCUGUAAACAACAGUGAGCCUGACUACCACAGAAGGCAGAACUGGACAGCCAUGCAGGCGAAGGUAACACCACACAGUUUCAGCCUCUCAUUUCUCCCUUUAAAACAGAGCCUAACACGCAUGCAUACUCACAGAUGUUAUUGGUGUACCAGCCAUAUUAAAACCAACUAUCACCAAGUUGACCUUUGCAGACAUCCAUUUCCCUUCACACCAAUACACAUAAGCUGUUCAUGUGAUGUCACCAUUACUCUCACUCUUGUUACAAAAUAUGCUUUCACCAUAUUUAUUCAAUCUCAUUUUUUCGUUCCUCCUAGGAAUCAUAUUUUAUGCAGUGCUGGUGAAAUGGACAAUCAAACAUGUCAGCGGUUGCUUCAUUGGAUAAUAAAAUGUCCAUGCAUUCUUA